CCGCAGCUGAGGCAGCAUUCACCACCGCUGCUGUCACCCGGGUGUGGUGCAUCACUCUGAGCCCACCCGCCCUGGGUGCCCCCUCUGUUCCUGGGUGGAGGGGGCUCCGGGAGCCCUGAAGGGCGAAGCGGCAGGGACGCCUCUCUUCAGAGAGGAGGCGAUGUCGCAGCCCGGGAUGGGGCCAGAGCGCGCGGGAAUGGAGCUUGGCGACUGCGAGGAGCGUCCGCCGGAGGAGAGCAGGAGGGAGCACUGGCAGUUGCUGGGUAAUUUGAAGACUACUGUGGAGGGUUUGGUGUCAACCAACAGCCCCAAUGUCUGGUCCAAGUAUGGUGGCCUGGAGCGGCUUUGCAGGGACAUGCAGAGCAUCCUCUAUCAUGGGCUCAUCCGUGACCAGCAGGUGUGUUGCCGUCAGACUGAUUACUGGCAAUUUGUGAAAGACAUCCGCUGGCUUAGUCCCCACUCAGCCCUUCAUGUGGAGAAGUUCAUGACCUUGCAUGAGAAUGGCCAGAGCAGCCCUGACGGUGUGAACGAGCGUGUCAUUGCAGAGCUGUGGCUGCAGCAUAGCUUGCAGUGCCACUCUCUCUCAGCUCAGCUACGACCUCUGCUUGGGGAUAGACAAUAUAUCAGGAAAUUCUACACAGAUACCGCUUUCCUGCUAAGCGAUGCCCAUGUCACAGCCAUGCUCCAAUGCCUAGAAGCAGUGGAACAGAACAACCCCCGCCUCCUCGCUCAAAUCGAUGCAUCUAUGUUUGCCAGAAAGCAUGAGAGCCCACUGCUGGUGACAAAGAGCCAGAGCCUGACAGCUCUGCCUGGUUCCACAUGCACCCCUCCAACCAGCUAUGCUCAGCAUUCCUACUUUGGGUCCUUCUCUAGCCUCCACCAAUCCAUACCCAACCACGGCCCAGAAAGAAGGUCUACUUCCUUUUCUCUCUCUGGCCCUCCCCGGAAACCUCAAGAAAGCAGAGGGCACAUUUCCCCAGCAGAGGAUCAAACCAUCCAAGCCCCUCUGCUUCCAGUCUCUGCAUUAGCCAGGGAUUCCCCCUCAACUCCAAAUGAGAUGAGCUCCAGCACUCUGACCAGCCCCUUAGAAUCAUCCUGGGUCAGCAGCCAGAAUGAUUCCCCAAGUGAUGCCAGUGAGGGGCCUGAGUACUUGGCCAUCGGUAACCUGGACUCCCGAGGUCGGACCGCCAGUUGUCAGAGUCACAGCAGCAAUGCCGAGAGCAGCAGCUCCAAUUUGUUCUCCUCUAGCAGUUCCCAGAAGCCAGAUACUGCUGCUUCUUCCCUAGUGGACCAAGAGGGAGGUGGGCAGAGCCAGCUGUCCAGUGUCCUUCGCAGGUCCAGCUUCUCAGAGGGGCAGGCACUCACUGUCACCAGUGGAACAAAGAAGAGCCAUACUCGCUCCCAUUCGGAUACCAACAUUGUCUCCAGAGGAGCCUCAGAAUCCUGCAAUGAUAAGUCGAAGUUGAGAGGCCCUUUGCCCUACUCUGGCCAAAGCAGUGAAGUCAGCACACCCAGCUCUCUGUACAUGGAGUAUGAGGGUGGUCAGUACCUAUGCUCAGGUGAAGGCAUGUUCCGAAGACCGUCAGAAGGACAGUCCCUUAUCAGCUACCUGUCCGAGCAAGACUUUGGCAGCUGUGCAGACCUGGAAAAGGAGAAUGCCCACUUCAGUAUCUCAGAGUCCUUGAUUGCUGCCAUUGAAUUAAUGAAGUGCAACAUGAUGAACCAGUGCCUAGAAGAGGAGGAAGAGGAAGGGGAAGACAGCGAUAGAGAGAUCCAGGAACUGAAGCAGAAGAUCCGCCUUCGUCGCCAGCAGAUCCGCACCAAGAAUCUGCUCCCUGUGUACCAGGAGACUGAGCAUGGAAGCUUUCGGAUCACUUCCAGCAGCUCCCAGUUCAGUUCACGUGAUUCCACACAGUUCUCUGAAUCUGGCUCUGGCUCUGCUGAUGAAGUUGAUGAAUUUGAAAUCCAAGAUGCUGACAUCAGAAGGAGCACAGCCUCAAACAACAAAUCCUUGAUUUCCUCCCAGACCGUCUCCCAUUGCUUCCUCCACUCCACAUCUGCUGAGGCAGUGGCCAUGGGGCUCCUGAAGCAGUUUGAGGGGAUGCAGCUCCCAGCCGCCUCGGAGCUAGAGUGGCUAGUUCCAGAGCAUGAUGCACCUCAGAAGCUCCUGCCCAUCCCCGACUCACUGCCCAUCUCACCAGAUGAUGGGCAGCAUGCUGACAUCUACAAACUGCGUAUUCGUGUUCGUGGCAACCUGGAGUGGGCCCCACCCCGGCCUCAGAUAAUUUUUAAUGUUCAUCCAGCCCCAACGAGGAAAAUUGCUGUGGCCAAGCAGAAUUACCGCUGUGCUGGAUGUGGCAUCCGGACUGACCCUGAUUAUAUCAAGCGGCUGCGGUACUGUGAGUACUUGGGCAAGUACUUCUGUCAGUGCUGCCAUGAGAAUGCCCAGAUGGUUAUCCCCAGCCGGGUUCUGCGCAAGUGGGACUUCAGCAAGUAUUAUGUCAGCAAUUUCUCCAAGGAUCUGCUCAUUAAGAUCUGGAAUGAUCCUCUCUUCAAUGUGCAGGACAUCAACAGCGCCCUCUAUAGGAAGGUCAAGCUGCUCAACCAAGUUCGGCUGCUGCGGAUCCAGCUAUAUCACAUGAAGAACAUGUUCAAGACAUGCCGAUUGGCCAAAGACCUUCUGGAUUCCUUUGACACAGUUCCAGGCCACCUGACAGAAGACCUCCACCUGUACUCGCUGAAUGACCUGACUGCAACCAGGAAGGGGGAGCUGGGGCCCCAGCUUGCUGAGCUCACCAGGGCAGGGGCUGCCCAUGUGGAGCGAUGCAUGCUCUGCCAAGCCAAGGGCUUCAUCUGCGAGUUCUGUCAGAACGAGGAGGACAUCAUCUUCCCUUUUGAGCUCCAUAAGUGCCGGACCUGUGAAGAAUGUAAGGCGUGUUACCAUAAAGCUUGUUUCAAGUCUGGAAGCUGUCCCCGGUGUGAACGACUACAGGCCCGGCGGGAGUUGCUGGCCAAGCAGAGCCUGGAGUCCUACAUGUCAGACUAUGAGGAGGAACCCACUGAAGCUUUGGCCCUAGAGGCUACCACUCUGGAGACCACCUGAAGAAAGCACGUUAAGCCCUUUUCCUAGGGGCUAGGGUCACAUAUAACGCAGAACUGAGCCACCCUUUGAAGGACUUUCCCCACUUUAUUUUUAUUUUUAUCAUUAUUAUUUUUUUUAUGACUUGUCUAAUGUCCAUAUAUAGCCAACCUUUGUUGGGUUGGUGGGGUCCAGUCUGCUGUGACAAUUUGUAAUUACCAGGUAUUUCCAUCAGAACUGACACAUGGGUCCUAGAGCGAAGCUUCCAGUGCCUCUGUCGCGAGUGGACACUGAGACCCACUACUUCUGACAUCCACAGCAUUCUUCUCUUGGACCAGAUCUGGUUUCAGCUGCAUCGAAAGCAUCAUUUCCAGUUUUGUUUUGUUUUGUUUUAGUUCUGGAGCUUCUGAGCCAGGCCUGUCUCAACCAACUCACUUCUCCUUUGCUGCUGAAACAGAAGGAUGGAGCUUUCUCUCUCCCAGUCCUGAAAGGGGCAGACUGUACCCUGAGGAGAAGCAGCAGAGAAUGGGACUACACUGUAGACAUUCUGUCCAGCUUACUUAGCUAUUUUUGAGGCCACAGAGACAGGAUUAUUACUACCCUGGAAUCCACAGAGACCUCAAAGAGGCAGCCAUAACUUCCUUGUUUGAAGUCUUCUAGGCACAGGUGAUGUCACAGCUGACUAUCUUUAUCUGCCCUGGUAGGCUUGAAGCAAAGAACAGAAUUACUACUUAGGCCAGGCCCAUUUAUAGCCUUACACUAGGCAUAAGUGAGGCUGCAGCUCCACUGCUUAAGGAGAAUUUAUUCAGUCAGAGGAGCUGUUGGUCUCUUAGGUGAUAAGGCCCCUAGUUCUGGUGCAGGUGUGAUUUUUCAAGCUCAGGCAAGUCCCUGAUGCCAUCCUAAACUGAGGACAGAAACCCCAUCCCCCGUCUUAUUUGUGUGUCUCUUUCCACUAUGUCCUCAGGUCAUUGUGAUUCUGAGUAAAAGUAUGGCCCAACUCCAUUCUCUCUUUCCCUUUCCUGUAACGGAGCUGGGACCCUUCUGGUGGUUGAUCUCUUACCUUAGUUUUUUGUCAAAGUUGGGGAAAAUCUUCCUGCAAUUAGUGAAGAUUUAGAGAACUUGACAAUUUGUGGAAGUGAGUGUGAAUGGUCCUGUGUUCUUGGGAUAAUAGGAGCCUUUUGCCAAUUAUGCACUUAACUCUUUAGCCUGGUGAUAGUCAUAUGUUCGCUCAUCCUUUUCAUAGCACUAACUUUAACACAUACACCCCUUUUUAAAAUGUGUGCUUUGACGGGAAAAGUUUUCAAUGGGACCAUGUAUAUGUUUGUGGUGUUCUUAGUUACUGUACCUCCUGACUGUAUGUAAAACACUGGUUAGGGUUGUUGCUCCAAGGGCUGGCAGCUCUGUGAACUAAAACCCACAGCAUUUUAAUUCUGGAACUGACUUCUUCCUGUGAACCUGUCUUUCCGUAGUUGCUUGCUAGUAGAAAAAACUUGGUGUGUGUGCUGUCCCAGGAAGCUAAACAGAAAGUUGCACAUGGUUGGUGGAUGCCGUUAAGUGCCUGAGCUGGAGGCAACCAGAAGUCUCACAGGAAGUAGAGGGGGCAGUAAGGAAAUGGUCAGAUCUGAGGCUCCACCGGGACAAGAGGGAGCUGCAGGGAGGAAUUAACCAGUGGCGUAGGUCCCUCUGCCUCAAACUUGGGAUUUGAAGGCUGCCUCAGGCCGGAGGACCCUGAGGCUGUUCUUUCAGUUCGUGGGGAAGACUGAAAGCUAAGGUCUCCAGCCCAGCCCAUUUUGAAGGACUGACCAGUAGCUCCCUUGUCUUUCACGGAGCUUUGGGAAUGAUCCCAUCAAACUUAAGGCUCACUAAGCCGGAUUCAGGGUUUGUCAGAAUGGGGAGCUCUGCUUCCAAUUUUGGUUGAAAUGACAAACCCAGCUCCUAUUCCAAGUCACUACACUGGAGGAGAGACGUCCUCUUGUUAUUGUGCCACCUGUUUCAUAUUAGCGUAGAAUCAAAGGGUGGAAAAUGCUGACGGUUUCCAAAGCUGAGCUCAACAAUCUUACAUGCUCCUGAUUUUCCACUUAUUUUUCUUCACCUCCCCUGCCCCAGUAUCCCUUUAGGUUGCAUAUCUGUUUUAAGGACCCUGACACUCUGCUGUCAUCACUGUCCAAAUACCCAUUUAUUUAUUUAUUUGGUAGUAGAGGGAGAGAGGAAUGAGGGUGGGAUAUUUUGAAAGCACUUUGUAACUUGCCAGUAUCUGAAAAUCCCUGAUGUGGGGAGAAGCUUUGAAUGCACUGAAGAGAGUUCCUUCUGAAUGAAAUGGGAGGGAGGAAGUGUUCUUUCCUAUAAAUAAAGGGAAACAAUUUUGCUUACAAGGUGGAGACAAGAUUCAAGACAGCGGAAGAGUGGAAGGCAAAUAUUUUCCACUUAAAUGAAGCUGUAAUUGACUUUCUCUGCUAAGGCUUUAGAGCGUUUUGUUAAAUUAACAUAAAAGGAGCAAGAGUCUAAAUUGAGGUGUUCUGUGUGUGUACAACUCAUGUUCUGAACUGGAUUCCUACUUGCUGUAAUUCAAACACACCUAACAGCUCAUUGUCCUCUUUAAUAAACUAAGGAAAUGGA